GUAUUUCUAGGAAACGGCGUCUCACGUGCGUGAGCUGUUUUGUUUGUGUUGUAGUAAGUGUAUUUACGAACAAAAUGUCUUCGGUGCUCGAUGAUUUCUUCGCUUGUCCUUCAGAAACUUUACUUGAGAGCUGUACAAAGAAGCAACUGGUGAAAAUCGCCGAACGCUUCAGUAUCGAUCUUACUACUCAAGAUAAGAGGAUGAAGGAAACGCUUGUGACUACUUUGAAACGAUCACUCGUUGAUAAAGGAGUUUUUGAGGUAAGAGCUGAGGUUAUUGUUCCUAGUGAAUCGGUUACGUUUCAUCCUUCUGAGCUUGAUAGUGAAAGUGAGCGGAAAUUUCCAGAUAUGUCAUUGCAAGAGAAACAGUUAUAUUUAGAUGCUGCGAAAAUCCGCGCUGAGCGUGAGGAUCGCGCUGCUAAAGAGAGAGAGGUAGAGAGAGAAUUCGCUGCGAGAGAAUUAGAUCAGCAGUUAGCUGUGCGAAAACUGGAAAUUGAGUUGGAAAGAGAACGGGAUGAAAGAGCAUUUCAGUUAAAGAAGUUGGAGUUAGAGUUGUCAGUAAAACGAGUGGAAGCUUCGCGAGUUGAUGUGCCUCUCGGUGAACGACAUCAGCCGAGGGAACCACAUGAACCUGUGUUUGAUGUUCAUAAAAAUGUAAGAUUAGUUCCGCCAUUUUCUGAGAAGGCAAUAGAAAAAUAUUUCUAUCAUUUUGAGCGAGUUGCCUUGUCUUUGAAGUGGCCGAAAAAGUUUUGGACUUUAUUAUUACAGUGUGUUUUCACAGGUAAAGCCCAGGAAGUUUAUUCUGCUCUCUCACUGGAACAGAGUGAUUCGUUGCCGAAUCUUUUUUUUGGAGGGAGGUGUUACGACCUUGUGCUCCCUUUCCUUUCCUGCUGGUGGCAGAAUCUCUUGGAAGCGUGUGGUUGAUUGCACACCCCUGUUGCCUGACUACAUUGCCUGAUUGGGGAGCGAAUAAAUGAUGGACUGAGGCAUUGCUUGUUACUUUCUCUGGGGAUGGUAGUCUCCAGAGAAGUCAUCUGUACUCCUGCAUUUUCUUCUGUUUCACAUUUAACAACAUUCCUUACCUUUUUGGAUUAUUAUUUUGUAUUGUUUAAGC